CUUUGCAUUGCGAGUGUUUAUUUUGUAUGGAUAGAUUUGACUGUUGUACAGUAUUCACAUUCCCACAAAGAUACAAGUUUUGCAUUUGGGGGGAGGGGCUAGUCCCUGCAUUCUGAUACUAGACCACAAAUAAGAUGGCUGAGGUUGAGGCAGAGUCAGUACAAGACCAGGAGCUGUUCAUUAGCUAUGGCCGUGAGCCUGAACUGUUGGAGUUUGUGGCGAGACUCAAGCUAGACCUAGAGAGCAAUGGAUUCUCUGUCUGGUUGGACAUGAAGGAUAUCCAAUCUGGUAGCGAUUGGCAUGGGGCUAUUGGAAAGGGACUGCACAAGUGUCGUGGCAUCAUUCCAAUCAUCACCUCUAAGUACCUCACCUCUCGAUUUUGCAUCAACGAGCUGUACACAGCUGACGGAGACAAGAAACUCAUCUUUCCCAUCAUCUUUGAAGAUGUGGACUUCAACUCUAGUGACACGGCGAUGGGAGUCAAGUUUGUGAUAAGCAGCAUCAAUUGGGCAUGGCUGCGACCUGAGGAUGACUACGACACCAACCUCUACAAGUUUAUGGAGGGAUUAAGGACCAAAGGUAUAGGCAGUCCAAAGAGUGAGGGUGAAGAUGGUUCCUUGGCCUCACACAACAUUCCGCCAGCUCCCAUCAUUGGACCAGAGAAUACGUCAAAGCCUCUCUUUCGAAUCCCUGAUGUUGAGAUGGUACAGGGCAUCACCACUGGACCCGAUGGAGAGAUAAUCUGCUCAAUAGCGGCAAAACAUGCAAUUUUUGUGUUCAAUCCAGAUGGUGAGAAGAUCCUCUCAUUUGGAUCGUGUGGCAUUCAGCCAGAGGAACUGAUGAGCCCAAGUGGAGUGGCUGUCAAUGGCGAUGGACAUUUGCUUGUAGCCUGUCAGUACAGUAUCAAGAAGUUCACACUUAAGGGUGAGCUGGUACAAGAGUACGGUGGAGCCAUGACACCUGAUCCAGAUGAACGCAAACUACAGGCUCCCAGUGCACUAGUCAUCGCCCCGAAUGGAAAUGUCUACAUUUCAGAGAUACAGACCCACAAAGUCAAGAUUUUUGACUCUGACCUGAAUUUUAUCUCAUCGUUCACCAAUGCUUGCCCUGACCUUGGAUCCGGACAUCUCAACAUGCCGCAAGGACUUGCAGUGAACUCAGAGGGGGAGGUGUACGUGGCUGACCAACUCAACGGUGUGAUACAAGUGUUUUCAGGUGAUGGAGACUUUCUCUUUAAGUUUGGAAAGCCUGGUGCAACUGCUGGAAGUACGACGACCCCUUGUAGUAUUGCUAUUGAUGAAGGAGACAAUGUGUACGUUGGCAGUGGGAUGAGUAUCGUGUCCAUCUUCAAAAAGAAUGGUGGUUUUGUUCGAAAAUUUGGUGGUAAUGGUGCUGAGCUGGGCAAAUUCAAUUAUCCACGAGGACUGCAUGUGGACAAGCAAGGACUAGUGUACGUUGGAGAAUGGACAAACAAUAGAAUUCAGGUUUUCAAAUGAUAAACAUUUCAUGUAGAAGAAAAUUAGUUUUUUAUGCGGUGUCGCUGUAUUUUAUAAUUAUUGUACGUAUAUUGUUUAAAAAAAAUAUCAACAUCAGAUUAGAGA